AUUCGUGAUAGCUGUUUGUUCUGUUUCUUCUAACCGAUUUGGAAGCGCCUGCAGCAACAGCUUUUCCAUCCUCGUUCUGCAGCGAGGGGAGGAAGAACUCGACGAUGCUGCGGCGGCUGGACAGGUCAAGGCCGAGCCGCUCGCCGGUAGCAGACCAUGGCUUCGGAGGUGGAACUCUUUAGGUCUGCGACUCCCCUACCUCCUCCUCCUCCUCCUCCUCUUCUUGAUCUGCUUCCUACGAUUCCGGGUACGAAGAGCUUGCGGCCGUGGAUAGAUUCCUCUUCUUGAUCUGCUACCUCCAGAUCAGCUCCCGUCACUCUUUUCCCCUUGCCAAAUGGACAGAUUCCGUCUUUCUGGUCUGCUGCUGCUGCCUCAUCUAGUCAUCUAGAUCUUGACCUUUUUUUUAACUGUCUUCGACGAACCGAUUUCUACCUCUCCGCUUCUCGGUUUCUUUCAUCUCUAUAUACGGUCCCAUAGAGCGUGUUACGAAGUGCAACGUGCAGCCUUGCAAUGGCGUCCCCCGUCAUGUUCUUCUGUUUCCUAUUCUUCCACCUCUGCACUUCUCACGCAGGAAAUCAUCAGCAAACCAACUUCCUCAAUUGCUUUCUUGAAGCAACCCGAGGAUCUUCCUCUUCUCCUUCGAAGAUAUACACUCCCAACACCACAUCCUUCUCCACCCUCUUUCGCUCCUCCAUCCAAAACCUCCGCUUCCUCUGCUCCGGCGCAAAGACUCCCUCCUUCCUCAUCCUCCCCUCCGUCGUCCACGACGCCCAGGCCGCCGUAAUCUGCGGCCGCCGUCACGGCGUCCGCCUCCGCGCCAGCAGCGGCGGCCAUGACUACGAGGGCCUCUCCUACGUAUCCUUCUCCAGUAGUACUGACGGCCCGUUUGCAGUCCUCGACCUCUCUGGCCUCCGCUCUAUCGAAGUCGACGCUGAAGCUCGUACCGCCUGGGUCGGCGCUGGCGCCACCCUCGGCGAGGUGUACUACCACGUGGCUGCCGCCAGCCCCACCGCCGCGUUCCCUGCCGGAGUCUGCUCCACAGUCGGUGUCGGAGGGCACAUCAGCGGCGGCGGCAUCGGAUCGUUGCAGAGGAAGUACGGCGUCGCCGCCGACAACGUCGUGGAUGCCAAGCUGGUCAACGCCGAGGGCGAGCUGAUGACCAGGGAGACCAUGAGGGAAGACUUGUUUUGGGCGAUAAGAGGCGGCGGCGCGGCGAACUUCGGCAUCGUCGUGGCCUACAAGUUGCGACUCGUCUCGGUGCCGCCCAAACUGACGCUGUUCUCCGUGAGCAGAACGCUGGAGGAGGGUGCGACGAGGUUGCUGUAUUCAUGGCAGAGCAUCGCGCCGCGGCUCGCCGACGAUCUAUGGAUCACAGCCGUGGCGUCGGCUGUCGGAGAGGCGCAGCUAAACCGCACGAUCCAAGUUACAUUCGUAGGCCUCUUCCUGGGCCCCCGUGGCGGUAUGCUCGCGGCCAUCAAGAAGACCUUCCCCGAGCUGGGCGUGAGGGCCGAGGACUGCAAUGAAUUGAGUUGGGUGGAGACGACUCUCUCCCUCGACGACCAUGCAUUGAAUGAUACCAGCGUGCUGUUGGACCGGCGGCCGGUGUACAACAACUCCUUCAAGAGCAAGUCGGACUUCGUGAGGAAGCCCAUCUCCGAGAAAACAUGGGAGGGGAUUUGGGAGGCUAUGAUGGAGGGGGAGGAGGAGCCUCUGAUGAUGGCAAUGCAGCCGUGGGGUGGAAGGCUUUGGGAGAUAGAAGAUGAUGCCAUUGCCUUCCCUCACAGGAAGGGGAAUUUAUAUAUCAUUCAAUACGUGAUGAGGUGGUUCGAGACAGAGGCGGCGGUGACGGAGAGGCACUUGACAUGGAUGAGAAAGUUCUACGAAUACAUGGCACCUCACGUGUCCAGCAAUCCGAGAGCUGCGUAUCUUAACUUCAAGGAUAUCGACUUGGGUAGCAGCACAGAGGAAGGGAGGACGAGUUACAGGGAAGCAAGCGCUUGGGGAAGAAGAUACUUCCUGCACAACUUUGAGAAGCUUGCGAAAGUCAAGGCUCGAGUUGACCCUGAGAACUACUUCUGGAAUGAACAAGGCAUCCCUCCUUUUACAUUUGCUGUUGCUGCUUGGUGAAUUUCACAGGAUAUAUAGGAUAAAUAAUUACGGUUGCUUUGUAUUUGAAUGCAUUAAAUAAAGGUACUAUUUACAAAUAA